GUUCUGGAGGGUAAACAUGUAUUACCCAUUCAUUGACCACUUGUUAACAGAACUUAAUGACAGGAUCCUGCAAUGUGGAGAUAGGUUCGAGGCACAAUGGUUGAUUCCUGCACAGGUAGAAAAGUAUGGGCUGACAGAUGACCGAUGCUUGAGAAUCUACAGAGCUUUACAGUCUUCUCUCAACGUAGAUGAAAUGACGUUUUUGAGAGAAUGUCACAGAUGGCGGACUUGGUGGUGUGAUAUCGGUCUUGUAGACAGCCGUCCUCAAUCCCCGGAUGACAUUGCGGCAACGCUUGUUUUAGCGUCAGAGGAUUCUUAUCCAAUUAUUCGCAAAUGCUUGAUUCUGCUUGCAGUUGUUCCUGUAUCAACAUCUACGGCAGAACGAUCAUUUUCUACGAUGCGCCGGGUAAAGACUUACUUACGAAGCACCAUGGGGACAGAACGGAUGAGUGGCCUGGGCUUAAUGAACAUUUAUCGAGAGCGGGAGUUAGACGUAAACACUUUUGCAAAUAGGAAACCACGUCGUCUUGCUUUACUUUUUAAGGUGUAA